UUGUCAACACUGUUCCCUCCAAGCAGAAAUGUCAAAAUGGCGUCAACGCAGGACGCUUGGUAUAUUUCUUUACUUGGUUUAGCAGAACAUUUCCGUACAUCUAAUCCUCCUGACAUAAAAAGUUGUAUACAGUGUUUACAAGCGGUUUUUAAUUUUAAACCACCCCAAAGGGUCGAAGCCAGAACUCACUUACAACUCGGAAAUAUUCUUUUGACACACACUAAAAACAUUGACUUGGCGAGAACGCAUUUAGAGCAAAGUUGGUUCCUGUCACAAAGUAUCAAUGGAUUUGACGACGUAAAGUUCGAGGCUGCGAGCGUAUUAGCAGAGUUAUUUGAGCAGCAGGGCCAACCAACUCAUUCCAAGCCUAUCCUUAGGAAGGCGAUUGAGUUAUCACAGCACAGUAUAUAUUGGCACUGCAGAUUAAUUUUUCAACUUGCGCAAAUCCAUGCAACAGAGAGGGAAUAUGAAGUGGCAAGCAGCUUGCUGGCUGUUGGGGUGGACUAUGCACAGAUCUCGAAUGUGGCUUAUACCAGAGUACUGUUUUUGUUAAGUAGAGUUAUGUUGUUGUUAAUAGAUAAAAAGAUCCAAGAAGUGUUGCCACUGUUAAAUCAGGCCGGACAUCUUGUGGAGUCAUGGACAGGAAGUCCUCAUCAGAAGGAGUACCUCAAAGUCUUUUUCCUUGUUUUACAGGUGUGCCACUAUCUAAUGGCGGGGCAAGUGAAGAGUGUGAAGCCCUGCCUGAAACAGCUGCAGCAGAGCAUCCAGACCAUUAUGGCGCCCACGUGGCCUGACGACGAUGCGGUGUGUGGCAGCGCGUCCAGCGAGUCGUUUGUAUGGAUGUCUCGACAGCAGCUGUAUGUGCUGGUAUACCUGGUCACAGUGAUGCACUCCGCACAAGCUGGAUAUAUGGACAAAGCGCACAAAUAUACUGAGAAAGCACUCGCACAGAUCGACAAACUCACAUCGAGUGGCUGUGAGGAGGGCAAGAGCGGCGGGGCCCGCAGCGGCGCGGUGCUGGCGUGGCGGCUGCGCAUGGCGCUGGUGGAGCACUCGGCGUUGUGCAGGCUCGUCACCGGCGGCAAGGCCAACGCGCUGCACGAGAUCGCACGCGCAGCGCAUCUGCUGGCGGUCGCUCCUACACCGGGUAGCGCGGCUGCGCACACACCACAGCUGCACUGCCUAUUGGGUCUGUACGCGAUGUCUAUGAACUGUAUGGAGGCAGCGGAAUCCCAGUUCCACACUGCUAUACAAAUGUCACAAGAGAGGGACUUAUGGAUGUUUGCGAAACUCAACCUGGCUAUUGUAUACCUCCGAGGCCGAAGAGACAAUGAUUUGGCACAAUUAAUGGAACAGGUGCGGCCGGAGGCGCUGCCCGCGUAUGCGCAUGGUCUACGAGCAGCUUCGUACUACGUGCUGGGGCUGCAAGCGUUCUUCCAAGCAAGAUAUAAUGAAGCAAAACGAUACCUCCGCGAGACUCUGAAGAUGGCGAACGCUGAGGACCUGAACCGUUUAACGUCAUGCUCGCUGGUGCUGCUCGGACACAUCUUCUUAUCCAUCAACAACUCCCGCGAGAGCAUGAACAUGGUCACCCCCGCCAUGCAGCUCGCCAGCAAGAUACCUGAUGUACAUGUGCAGCUAUGGGCCUCCGCUAUACUUAAAGACUUAUACCGUCUUGCUGGCGAUACUGAGCGGGAGAACGAAGCAUACCAGAUGCACUGCAACUACUCGCAGGCAUUAUUGAAAGACCACUUCCAAGCGACGCAGUUACCGCAGCACGUGCUGGUGCAGUGGACUAGUGGUCCUCCGCCUGCGCUGCCUCCAGCGCUGCCCCCAGCAUCACUCCCCAACACCACAUAGUGGCUGCACCACUCACCAGCCUGCGACACCGACUGGCCCGGUGUAACGCAGCUGGUGGACUUAUUGGAUUAACAGUGCUACAGUGUCAGUGAUAUUGCAGUAAUCAGUGCUCCCAAGUGUCCCGUCUGUGCAUUUUUGUGUCAAUGAUAUGAUUUUUGGUGUAAUUGGUUCACAAUGUGUCAGUGAUAGAAGCCCAAGAGUAAGUGCACCCAUAGGUGUGGCCUAUGUACUGGUGAGGCAGCUGUCUAAAUAAUAUAAUAAUCAGCAAACUAUAGGCAUUGGGAAGUCAUUGGAUGUGGAAGGCGGAGGACCGCAUUCUGUAGAGGGUAUUGGGGAAGACCAAUGUCCAACAGUGGGCAGACAAAGGCUUAUGAUUAUGAUGAUGAUGAAAAAACUAAAUCCAAGGUUUUAUCAUGAUUAAUGUAUAACACCCUGUAUCUGUUUUAUUUGAGUUAUCCAAAAAAAUAGUUAUUGUUCACUUUCACCACAAAAUUUUCGAUAACAAAUUGCAAUCUUGAUGAUAUUAAGUAUUCUAAUUUUGUGCAGUAUUCCACUAACAAAAUUCUUGCAUCUUACAAUGACAAAUUCCGCAUCACAGAUAUAACCGAAUUUGAAGAAGUGAGUUGCGCAAACUAAGUGAUAACAAUAAAAAUCAUUAAGCCGCAUACUGAUCAACCACUUUUCAAAGACAUACUAACUGUGUCCUAUUGGUUAUCGUUCUGUAUCAACUCAAUCCAUACUAAAUGGAUAAUUAAUCCAUAUAAUUAAGGUGGAACACCGCCAAAUUGCCUAAUUGUACUUCACAGGUCAUAGAAAGGGUGAGGUAAGCACUGUCCCACCUGGCCUACACCCAUGAGUGCACUCAAGUGUCACUGACAAUAUAAUAGAAUUAAGUGUACCUGUUAAUAUCAGUGAUACAAUAUGAUUUAGUAAUAAAUCAUUCACAUCUAUAGUACAUGCACCAGACCAUUAAAACCCUAGCCUGGUAUUAACAGUCUAGUGUACCUAUUAGUGCUUAUAAAAGACUGGGUCAUGAGAGUUGUUGUAAAACCCCUAAAGUACAGUGAGUGUUAAUGUCACAACUGAAUGUGUAAAUUCCUUUUACGAUGUAAAAUUAUUACAGUUACAAGUUAUGUAGGAUAUGUGUACAUUUGUAAAACUUUUUUUUUAUCUAACAAAUUGUCUUGGAAUGGGAUCUCGAAAAUGUAUCAAGUAUUAUUAUAGUUAUAUAAUGUUGUAAACCUUCAAAUUCCAUUAAUUUUUAUCUAUGUAGCUUUUAUUUGAGCUUUUCUGAGAAUUUAAGCUUUAUCAUUUUGGCCUCAAGAGAGCUUCCCAUAAUCUAUUUGCUCAAGGUUGCAAGAGUACACUAAAUAAUUAAAAAAGUUGACUAUUUCAAGUUAUAUUGUAAUAAAUGAACACUCGAAGAUUAAAAAUAAUUUGGCUUUUCUAUCUAUAUAGACUAUUGCAUAUUUUUAACAAGUAAUUUGAUGAAAAUUGAAACAUUUUGUCUUGCACCCAACAUGUAUAAAAUUUAAAUGUUCAUUUGGAGCAAGGUAAAGAAUUAUUUAUUUUUAUUUGUUACACAAAAUCAUCUCUAAAAGCCUAAUUUUUUAAAAUCCCUACUAGAAAAACACAUUUAUUAAACAAAAUAAUAAAAGCAAAUGCAGUAUG